UCUCCUCCCCGGGACCUUCCGCCCUCCCCUUGUCGCGAUUGGCCGGAGCGCUCGCGGACGCUGCCUGCCGCGCCCUCAUUGGCUGGAGCGCUCGCGCACGCUGACUGACGGGGCGCGCGCCGUCCAUCAAACCCUCGGCAGCCAAUGGGGAGCCGCAGAUCCGUAGCGGAAGUGCGUGGGCGGGGCCGGAAGCGGCGCUCUGUGGCCGUGCCGGUGCCGAUCCCGGUGCCGGUGCCGAUCCCGGUGCCGGAGCCGCUCCCGGUUCGGGCCCGAUCGCGGCGCCGGGGCCGCUCCCGGUGCAGAUUGCGGUGUCGGGGCCGCUCCCGGCGCGGGUUCCGCUCCCGGUGCCCUGCCGGUGCCGCGGCGAUGCCGCGCUGGGCGCGGGGCUGGCCCGAGGCGCUCAAGGCCCGCGCCGCCCGGUACGCGCUGCAGCGCUGGCUCGGGCCCUUCCUGGAGGAGCCGCUGCGGCUCGAGCAGCUCGGGCUGGACCUGCGGGGAGGCACCGGGACCCUGCGGGAGCUGCGGCUGCGGGCGGCGGCCGUGGACGAGCUGCUGGCGGCGGCGGCGGCGCCGCUGGAGCUGCGCGAGGGCGGCCUCGGGGCCGUGACGGUCACCGUGCCCUGGGCCCAGCUGGGCUCCGAGCCCGUGCGGCUGCGGCUGCAGCGCCUGCGCCUCGUGCUGCGGCCCCGCCCGCCGGGGUCCCCAGGGCCGGGGUCGCCCCCCCCAGGGGGGUCGCAGCAGGGCCGGGACCCCCCCCCAGAGCCGCCCCCGCUGGAGGGGCUGGAGGCGCUGGCAGUGACCAUCGACACAGUGCUGCGCCGCCUGCAGGUGCUGCUGGAGGACACCGAGCUCCGCCUGGAGCUGCCCCCGCAGCCCGGGGGGGGGCCCGGGGGGGGCCCUGGAGCUGCACCUGCCCAGGUGCCCGUGUCCCCCCCCGUGCUGGCCGCUCUCCUGCCGGGCCCCUCGGAGCUGUGCCUGCGCCUGAAGCAGAACGAGAACGUGCCGGGCCCAGGGGUGGAGCUGGAGGGGAAGGUGGGGGCCCUGCACCUGCUGCUGCCCCCCCCCCUGCUGGGGACCCUGCGGGGGCUGCUGGGGGCCCUCGACCCCCCCGGUGCCCCCCCCGGGGGUCGCAGCCGCCCCCUGGGCCCCCAGGACCUGGCGCUGAUCGAGCGGGAGCUGAGCCGGGGGCUGCGGGGGGGGGUGCAACCCCCCGAGCCCCUCCGGGGAGGACCCCGACACCGAGCUGUUCUACUCCAUGACGGGGUCCCUGGGGGGGGGGGGACAGCGCUGCCCCCUCCGAGGAGACCCCCACGGGCAGCCCCUCCCCCAGCCCUGCGGGCAGCCCCCGGCCCCGCCGCCCCUCCCCCCACAGCUGCGCCCCCCCAGGUGACCCUGGGGACCCUCACCGCCGUCCUGCCCGAGCCGGGGGGACCCCCCUGCCCCGCCCACCAGCGCCUCUGGGCGGAGCUCUGCGAUGGACACGCCCACCCCACCUGGGACCGCGCCCUGCCCUUCCCCCACCUCAGGCUCUCUGCGGGGGGGGUCCAGCUCUGGCUGUCCUGGGGGGCUGCGGGGGGGCCCCGUGGUGGGCUCUCGCUCGCCCGCCUGGAGCUGCAGGAGGAGCUGCCGGGGGCGGAGCCUGACCACAUUCAGGUCCUGCGUUUCCCCACCCCCCCGGCUGAAGGCCCCGCCCAGCCCGUGCUCCGCCUCCGCUGGGGCCCCCCUGGCCCUGCCCCCCCUGGGGCCCCGCCCCUUCCCAAGACCCCCCAAUUCCCCCCUGACCCCCGCGCCCCCCAGGGCCCCCCCCCCCCGCUGGAGCUGGGGGUGCAGCUGAGCCCCCCCGAGGCCGAGCUGGACCUGGGGCUGCUCGAGCGCCUCGGCCCCGCCCUCGAGGCCGUCCUGGGCCACGCCCACCCUGGCCGGGACACGCCCACAGCGCAGGAUGCGCCUCCUGAUGAGGUGCAGUGGGCGUGGCCCCUGGUGCGGUGGGCGGUGCCAGGGGCGGGGCUGCGGCUGUGGCUGCCCCUGACUGACCUGCGCCCCGCCCCCCUACGUGCCCCUCCCCCCCGGCUCCGCCCUGAGAGCCUCUGGGUGGGGCUGGGUGGGGCCCGGGGCUGGGUGGGGCCGGUGGGCGGGGCCAUUGCCUGCGACCACCUGGAGGUGACGUACGAGGCCGAGGACAUGGGGACCCUGCCCUGCCUGCGCGCCGAGCCGGGGCCCGGCCCGGGGGGCGUCCCCAGCGUGCCCACGCUGGAGGUGACAGUGGCUGCGACCCCUCCCCAGGGCCCCUCCCCCGGGCCCCCCCCGACCCCGUUCUCCGCCCGGCGCAGCAUCUACGAGAGCCACGAGCUGGUGCUGCCCGGGACCCCCGAGGAGCUGGGGGCGUUCGUGGGCGGGGCCCUGGGCGGGGCCCCCUGGAGCCUGCAGGUGACGCUGCCCCGAGCACACCUGAGCCUGAGCACCCCCGAGCUGCUGCAGCGCCUCUACAACAGGAUCAACAACGACCUCCUGCUCUGGGACCCGUCUGGCCCCGCCCCCUCAGCUGGCCCCACCCUCCAUGGAGAUCACGCCCCCUCAGAGGACUCCGCCCCUUUGGAGGACUCCACCCAUUCAGAAGGCCCCACCCCCUUCAAGCCCUGCAGGUCUGGGCUGGGCACAGACUCGGAGGAGGAGGAGGAGGAUGAUGAAGGCCCCGGGGGGUCCCUGCAGGACCUUGGGGACCUUGGGGACCCCCCCGGGCCCCGCCAGAGCGGCGGCGCCAUCCUGGUCACCGUGCCCUGGGGCUGUGUCACCGCCGAGUGUCCCCCCGCGGGGGGGCUGCCGGGCUCGCGGCUGGUGCUGGAGCUGGGGGAGGGGCGGCUGUGUGUCCUGCCCCGCCCGGGGGGGCAGCGGGGCCUGACCCGGGCCGGGGCCGACGCGCGGAGCCUGCGGCUGCUGCACGGACCGGUGCCCGCGGAGGGGGAGGGGACGCCCCCCCCCCUUUUCCCCACCCUGGUGCCCUGGGAGGAGCCCGCGCCCCCCCCCGGCGCCCCCCCGCCCCCCCGGAUGAUGGCGCUGGCGCUGAGCGGGCACCUGAGCCCCCGCGGGGACACCAAGGAGCUGGAGGUGGCCCUGGCCCUGGAGGGGCUGAUGCUGCGGCACCGGCCCGACCCCCCCGGGACCCCCUGGUACCGCCAGCUGCUGGCCCUGCUGGCCCUGGAGGACGAGCCGGUUUUGGGGUACACGGCCCCCACGCCCCUGACCCAGCUGCACCUGCACCUGCAGCGCUGCGGCCUCGACUACAGGCCGCCCCUCCCCCUGCGGGUGCUGGUGACAGCCGAGACCCUGAGUGUCACCUGUGGGAGCGGCCCCGACCCCCGCCCGGGGGGGCUCAGGCUGUUGGUGGAUGACGGCUCCGUGUUCCUGAGCGAGCGCUGCGGGGAGGGGCUGGACCUGCAGAGGGAUUUCGUCUCCGUGCUCGACGUCGAUUUCCUGGAGCUGCUGCUGAGCACCGGGAGGGGGGGGGACGGCGAGGGGGGGGCGCCCCCCCCCGAGGAGCUGCUGGUGGCCCCCGCCCGGCUGCGGGGCCGCACCUGCGCCGACAGCGCCGCCGCCAUCGCCCGCCUGCUGCAGCACCUGGGCGCCCCCCCGGGACCCCCCCCCGGCCCCGGGACCCCCGCCCCACCGGCCCCCCCGGGGGCAGCCAAGGAGAGACCCCCGGGGCAGGAGGAGCCCCCCCCGGGGGGAGAGCAGGCCGCCCCCGCCCCCAUCAACCAGCAGGACCUGGCGGACGCCCUGAGGGACCCCCCCGGGACCCCCCCCGGGGACCCCCGGACCGCCGGCCAGGCCCCGCCCCCCCCGGCCCCCCCCCGUGUCGCUGUACCUGUUCCCGGGGGAGGGGGGGGGCUCCGCCCGGGCCCCCCCCCGAGCCCCCCCGGGGGGGGCGGUGCCGGCCCCGCCCCCGAGCCCGGCCCCGCCCCCGAGCCCGGCCCCGUCCUCGAGCCCGAGCCCGAGGGGUUCUGCGUGCUGGAGGCGCCCGAGAGCCCCGAGCCCGCCUGUCCCCGCGUGCGCUGGCUGUCCCCCGGGCCCCUGCGCAUCGUCCCCGGCCAUUUCGGGGUCCCGCGGGGGGGGGCGGGGACCGGCUGCGCCCCCCCCCCGGGGCUGCCCCCCCCCCCACACCCGCCUGCUCCUGCGCGACCUCAGCCUCACCUGGGCGCUCUUCGGGGGGGCGGGGACUUCGGCCCCGCCCCGCACAGGCCCCGCCCCCGCAGCGCCGGCCCCGCCCCCCCGCGGUGGCGCUGCCAGGGGGGCCCCGGGAGGGUCCAGGAGCAGCUGAUGGAGCUGUACCUGGGCAAGGUGUGCCUGCAGCACGAGACGUACCUGGCCGCACCCGGGGGGUGCCCGGGGGGGCCCCGGGGGGGGGUCCUGGGCCCGGGGGAGACCCCCACGUCCCGGCUGGUGCUGCUGGUGCCUGAGCUGGAGCUGCGGGACCGCCUGGGGGGGGGGCAGCGCGCCCCCCCUUCAGCCGCCACCCCCGGGGGGGCGCCGCCCCCCGCAGCCCCCCCACGGUAA